UCGGUGGAUGCGGACGGGUUUGUCGCCAGUGGGUGUCUUUUGGUUGUCCACAAUCAAUAGGUUCCUAGAUGUCUAACCCAACGAUAUUCAACCCGGUUAUACCAUACAGUGGUGCGAUCUUUGGUGGUUUGCGACGAGGGCAGAUGGUAGCAGUGCAAGGAAUACUGCCCAAAGAAAGUGAAAGAUUCCAAGUGGAUUUACAGUGUGGAAGCAGUGAAAAACCUCGUGCAGAUGUAGCCUUCCAUUUCAAUCCACGUUUUCGGAGAUCUGGGUGUGUUGUUUGCAAUACUCUGACACGUGAAAGAUGGGGACGUGAAGAGAUAAAAUAUGAGAUGCCAUUCAAAAAAGGAGAGCCAUUUGAAAUCAUUUUCUUCGUAAUGGUUGACAGGUUCAAGGUUGCAGUUAAUGGAAAACAUUUCGUGGACUACCAGCACAGAAUAAGUGUGGACAGAGUUGACACACUUGGAAUUUCUGGUGUGGUCCAAAUUCAAACGAUUUGCUUCUUGAACAGCACUGAGCAGGAUAAUCCAUAUUCUACUCUACCGAUAAAGAAGACUGAUGCAAGUGGGACUCAUGCCAAGCCGACAACAGUUCCAUUGGCUGUUCCUUAUAUGGGUCAGAUUAAGGAUGGAUUAUGCCCUGGUCGAACAAUCACUCUUCAAGGCAAAGUCAAUAGGAACCCAGACAGGUUUGCUAUUAAUCUCUGUGUGAGUGAUUCCACCGACAUCCCAUUGCACCUGGCACCUCGGUUCAAAGAAAAAGCUUUCGUUCGAAACUCUUUUCUCUAUCAAAGCUGGGGUGAAGAGGAGAGGAAGAUAGACUGUUUUCCAUUUAACCCAGAGGCAUACUUUGAGAUUAUCAUUUAUUGUAGUUCUGACUGUUUCAAGAUUGCUGUGAAUGGAGAGCAUUUAAUGGAAUAUAAACACCGGUUUACUGAUUUGAGCAAAAUUGACAUGUUGGAAGUAGAUGGAAAUAUCCAGCUGUUUGAAGUACAGACUUGGUAGGUGGAGAGAAGCUGCUGACCAAAAUUAACACUCAUGCCGGGAUAAUAAUUGGGUGCGUAACCUAUCGAAUUCUGUUUCUAAUUAUAGAGAAUACGUGAUCAAAUCAAGAAGAAAAUAAUUUCUUGGGGAUUGUUGCAUGAUGUUUGAAGAUCUGGAUUUUGUUUUGGAAUUGCUUUGUUGAAUUCAUUUAAAUCUCAGUGCUCAAGUAAAAGAAUUUUGAGGGUAGCAUCAAUUCUAUAGAACCACCUCCAACCUCUCCCACGUCAUGACUUAAAUCAUUUUGAAUGCUAAAUGGUUUCGAGUGCAUAAAUAAUUUUGCUUUGGAGUUCAAAUGGUGUUUAAAUAUAUAUUUUUUAAAGGCUGCAAUGUGUUAAAAUAGUUUGCUAAUGUCCUAAAUCCUAUCCUGCAAAACAAAGUCAGACUGUUAAUUAAACUGAGCACUUCUUUUUCUAACUUUGCAUAUCCUUUGAUGCUGAGUAAUGUUGGCUUUAGUUUUCAUUGUUGAAAAUCCUGAACACACUUUGACAAAGCCUAUAAGUCAGAUAGAAUACUCAGACUAACGUGCAAACAUGAAUAAUCAAUUAAAACUAUGGUAUUCCACAAAUGUGCUAGAUGGAAGUAUUAUUCAUAAAAAGCAAUUACGUUUUGGUUUUCUCAGGCUGUUUUAACAACCUGUUUUCACAAAUUAUUGUAGGAUUCUGAGCAGUGUUACAAAAUCAUUUGGUUCAUUUGGCUAGCCUGCACAACCUGGACACAAAAGGCAAUAUGAUGUUCAACAUAUUUUGGGUUGCAAAGUUUAAUUUGCAUUUUUGAUCUUGAGGGGCAGAAAAUGCACCCCAUUAUUUGAAUUAGGAGUUAGAUUGAUGAUCUUUACCCAGCAGCAAGAAUGUUGUCAUCUGGUUGCUGUUAUUGUUGCACAUGGAUUUCUAUGAUAUAUUCUGUUUCUUUCUGGGCUAAUGAACAAUACACUUGGUAGCUAAAUGAGAAACUUCUCACUGCCAACAAAAUUGACAUUCUAUUCCAGUGCCAGGUGUAUUGCAUUGUCUCUGUCGCUUGUGUUUACAUAUGAUAAACAUAUACAUGUUAAUUUUCCCUGAAGUUUAUUUUUUUGGGGGCAGUGGGUCAAUGCAGACAUUUGAAAAAGUCCAUUUAUGCAUUGGCUAUUUAAUUACUGUAAAUUAACAUAUUUGCUUUUGUACUCUACUAAUGUACAUAAUUUAUAUGAAGACAAAACUCUGCAAGUCUUGCGCACAAUAUUUACUUAAAAUCUGUACUGUAUUAAAAAA